GGCAUAUUAGUCAAACUGAGUAAAAGUUAGAAACCCAAAACCACUCCUUCGGUUAUCGGCUUCUCACUCAUUGGCAUUGGCGACCGACAACGUUCUUCACCCAAUACUCUGGCUUUCUGCUUCUGAGACUAUCUAAGCAGGAGAUAGAGAGAAAGAUAGAAUGGCGAAAACACCAGUGCGCAUGAAGGUGGUGAUUUAUGCGCUGUCACCAUUCCAACAGAAGGUGAUGACAGGGCUGUGGAAGGACUUGCCCGGGAAGAUUCAACAGAAGGUAUCCGAGAACUGGAUCAAUGCUGUCCUCUUACUUACUCCUGUCGUCGGCACCUACACGUACGCAAUGCACUAUAAGGAGAAGGAGAAGUUGGCUCACAGAUACUGAGAUGCCCUGUCAUAAAUUUACUCAUUCAACUUGUGUGCGAACUUCAACAAACUUAUGUUGAUGUAUAAACGAGUUUUUGUCGGUUUUUAGUUAUGAAGUAUGGUAUCUUUGAAUUUGAGUUGAAGAUUAGUUAGAAACAAAAUUGCCCUUGCUUUUACCAUUCUAAUAAAAUUUAGGGUAUAUAUGUGUAGGAA